AUGGAAUCCGAUCCGCCUGAGGAGCACCACUGCGAAACUGCGGUGAACAAAGAGGAACAAAAAUCAAAUGACAAUGAUCUUGAUGCACUCGAGGGACAAUAUGCGGCGCUGAAAUUAGACAAACUGCAGAGAACGGGAAAGGCGUUGGAUGGCUUGAGUAGGAAAGAGCUGUAUGCCCUAGAGCAACAACAGAAGUGGGCGUUAGUAUCUGUUCUGAAAAAGAAGGAGGAACUACUUGUGAGGUUGUUGCAGAGGUCUAAGUUUCAUGAACACCAAGUCAUUCAAGAGAAUGAGAUUUUGAAAAGAGGUUCUGAGGAAAGGAUGAAGGAAAUACCCUAUCUCGAACUGUUCCCUGAGAACAGAUCGGGUUUCGGCACAAGCUCGAAACCUGUUGUCUCACUUUUGAAUCAUCCAACACAGCAUAUGGAUACUGGUUUUGGCCUGGGGCUUUAG